AUGGCUAAAGACAAGGCGGCCCCCCUCAUCCAUUCAACUAAACCGAAUCCAUGUCCUCCCCACCUUGUGGACUCUACAUUCGGCACUGGACUCUGCUACCUGACACCGAUUUUGUUCGGUGAGCCAGGCGCAUGGGCCCUCAUUCUCAACAAGGGUACCAUUGGCAGUGCGGAUCCUCGGAAGAGCAUACCUGAACGUGCACGUAGCAGUGAUCGGAAUGUCUUGCGCAAGUUGCGAGAAUGCAGGUUCACGCCUCAUGCUCAAGCAUCAUCUGCAGUGAAGGAAGGAGUGCUUAGGACAUGGAGUCUAAAUCCAGGCCUAUCACAAGGCAAAGACAGCCAUUGUUUCUUGCUUGAGGGGUGUUUGGACUUGUUUGCUGCGUCUGAGCUUGUCAUUGUGAAUGUGUACCUUAAUCGCAACGAACUUUUGGCAUGUGCAUUUCCCGAGGAAGGCGGCACCCUGCCGACAUGGUUCGUAGGGUUGCAAUGCCUGGACCUCUCAAACAAUCUCUUGACAAACGCUAUCCCAGCGUUGCUGAUGUCGCUCCAAAAGCUACCAUGGCUGGAACUUUUCAAGAAUAAGAUUGCCGGUCAAAUUCCAUUGGAUGUAUGGAAUCUGACUUCGCUUACAAAUCAGGAUGGCUCGUACAGUCUCCUGACCGGCGCCAUUCUUGAUAGAAUUGCUCGCCUUGAGAAUUUGGUUGUACUUCACUUGCAAAACAGUAGCUUUGAAGGGCCAAUGCCCUCAGCGAUUGCAAACCUCACAAAGUUGUAUGAUGUGAAACUCAACAAGCUCAACGGUAACAUUCCCUCUACUCUUGGGCGCAACUCCUCGCUUCUUCAAUUCGACGUCACCAACAACCAGUUUCACGGUCAGAUUCUUUCGACUUUGUGUGCUCAAGGAGAGUUGGAGAGGUUGAUACUGUUCAACAGUACGUUUACAAGCAAUGUGCAAGAGUUGUGUGGCAACUGCUCCAGCUUAAUUCAAAUCCUCGUGUUCACGUUCAAUUGCUCAUACAACAGAUUUUCAGGGAGAUUUGCAGCGAGGUCAAUCGACCUGCUCAGCCUCGACUGGUUCAUCGGCAAUCCUGAUAUAUGCAUGGCAAGAAGCAACUGCCAUGAGAUGGAUGUACACCACUCAACCCGGACUCUAACGAAGCGUGUCAUUUUAAUGGAAUGCUUGGACGAGGAGACCUUAAUUGGGAGUGGCGGAGGUGGAGAGGUCUACAAGGCAACCUUAAGAAGUGGUCAAGAGAUUGCUAUAAAGAAGCUGUGGGGAGCUGGCAAGGGAAUGGACCCGCACGAAAAUGGAUUCAAAGCUGAGGUGAAUACUCUUGGCACCAUCAAGCAUCGCAACAUUGUGAAAUUGCUCUGUUGUUGCUCAAGUUUUACGACGAACCCCCCAGCCCACGAGUACAUGCCAAAUGGAAGCUUGGGUGAGUUUCUUCAUGGCGCUUUGAAGGACAGCACAUUGUUUGAUUGGAGUGGACUUGCUUACUUGCAUCACGAUUGUGUACCACAAAUACUCCACCGGGACAUAAAAUCAAACAACAUUUUGCUGGAAGACGAGUAUGAGGCACGCAUAGCUGACUUUGGAUGGGCAAAGGGCCUUGACAAUGAUGCUCCAAUGUUGGUCAUAGCAGGCUCUUACGGCUACAUUGCACCAGGUAACCGACACAAGCUAUAUCAAAUUUGCAGCAAUACAACCAUCCUCGCAUAA